UAUCCCGGAAGUCAACAAAGUGUACAGCGAGGUGUAACUUUUCGAAGCAUUUCAUUUCAGCGAUCAUUUUUACAUUUAAACAGCACUUUUAGAGCGAAUAAUUUAUGAUGUGACUCAUACGACGGUAGUUUGACGUCCAAGAGGCGACUUUUUAUUAUUAUUUGACGUGUGUGCACAUUGGCCUGUCGUUUUUUAGUCAUUUGCAGUGAAAGUGGAACUGGAAAAAUGCGAAAAGACUCUCCUCUGUCAAGUGUCAACGUCGUGCUCGUCAUGGCCUUUGGUAGUUUGGUGUUCGUUUUGCUGUUCAUCUUCGUCAAAAGACAAAUUAUGCGUCUAGCCAUGAAAUCCCGUAGAGGGCCCCACGUUCCCAUCGGUCACAAUGCUCCGAAGGAGCUUAGGCAAGAAAUUGAAGCCAAACUGUGCCAAGUCCAGAAAAUCCACUUUGAGCCUCGUCUGCUGUCGCCAGAUGAUCAUCGGCUGAAGUCUGGAUGCUGUGACUACCAGUACAGGAUGAGAGCACUGGAUGCCGUCAGAGACACAGAUUUCCCAUUUUGUGAACUGGGCGGCUCCUCCGGUGCCGUGACGGGGAAACGAUUUAGGGCUUGGCUCCUUCAGCUGCGAAAUUCCCACUGCCUCUUUCGGGACAGCCAAAGCGCUUUGAUUGAAACCGUGCUGGACGGGUACAACAAAGCACGCCACGGGGCAGAGGCUUUUGGUGAAGCAGAACUCUUAAAAUACCAGGAUGCUCUCUGUCAGCUGGCCUCUGUUGUCAAGUCCCAAAGCGGCAGCAGCACGGCCAGCCAGCAGCACCACCAGACCGCCGCUAAAGACCUGACCGCCAUCACUGAGCCCAUAAGCUCCUCCCCCUCCUCGCGAGCCCACCUCACGGCGGCAGCGCAGCAGCGCAUCAAGAGGACAAGGAACUUACUGGAGCUGAAGAACUUUAAAGAUAAGUACAACACACUGGACAGCACACUGUGAAAAGGACAUGGAUGGAUGUUACGUAUCAAUAAUGUUACAUAAUAAUACCUCUAAUAUGCAGCUUGGGCAUAUAUCCUGUAGUACUGCUAGCACUUCAUCUGCACUCAGUAUUUAUUUUAAGUGGGGUUGGCUUGACCAAAAUAAGAGCUGUGGUGCUACGCAAUAUAAUAAUAAUAAUAAUAAUAAGACAAUCAAUAUUUAUUGCACAAAUAUAAACGCCUAUGCAAACUUGAUUAAUAGCAUGUUAAUGGUGACUUUUAGCAAAACGUAUGCACUUAUGUCUGUAUUUUGCCAGCCUUAAAUGAUGAUUCAUGGAAGCCAUAUAUUUAUUUUGAUCAUGUGCCAAUUAGUGUAUUCAGUGCAUUAAUUCAUUGUGUUGUAAUCUUUUUAAUAAUUGUUCCAAUACUGUGUUUCCUAGAGGGCUACACUAAAGGCCUCAAUGAUUUUAUUCUGGAAUAUUCUGCAUUGAAAUUAAACUAUGGCCUGCACAGGAGGUGGUCUUUUGCUUGUAGUGUGCAGACAAGUCCAGCAGAGGGCGCACCCUCCUUGACAAAAGCAAAACAAAAGAAAACUACAGCAUUUAUGAAUUAGUCGAAAGCUUUUAUUUUAAUAUAAAUAAAUACAGAGAAGAAAGCUGUUAGAAAUGAAAAAUGACAUUCAAGCUGUGCUGCUGUUUAUGCAACAAUGACAAAUUAAAUGCUUUGCAGGAUGUAUGUCAAAUGAACGACACUUCAUCUAACACGUCUUAACAGUUUUCACCUUCUACUGACUUUCUGCACACUUUCAGUAGGUGCUUACGUCAUAUAACCAUGUGGUUAUAGAAAAAAAAAAGUACAUAAAAGUAGCCUUUACAGUUGUCAAACUUCAUACGACACACUGGAAAGUGAUGGGAGACAUAACAAUCAGUGCUACAUUACUCUUUAUGAUCUCAUCCUGCACUUUGCACACCUCUCCAAGCAAAGCACACAUUAUGCAAUAUGUGAAGUACAUAAGCGUGUCUGUACAGGAAGCCCACUCAGUGGCCUACAAAGCGCUCACUACAAGUGCACUGCAUCCUUCAAGAGGCUAAAUAAAAGUAUUUGUUGCAGUCUGACCACUUCAGGUGGGGAGUGGCAGUGGUUUUCAGUCCGCAUACAGGAAAAAAAUCUAACUUUGGUGCUUCAAAAAAUGUAAAAAAAACCUUCUCUUCUUGACGGCCUCAAGACUUGAUUUCAAUGACCUUGAUGAACGGCAGUGGUUUGUUGGAGGAGGUGGUCGGCUUGAUUGGUUUACUGCAAGGGCAAAAAAAAAAAAGGAAAAUAUUGAGGGGUUUUUUUAAUAUGUUAUAUAUCUAAAUAUUUUGUUAUUUUGUACAGUUUUUAUUUGUAUUUAUGAUUUUUUUUACUAUGUUUACAUAUGAAUAUUUAUAUUUUAUGACACACGUCAGAGCUUUAUUAAAAAGUCUUCCUUUAGAAAGGUGAUGCUCAGUUUUGAUUGAUACUGUCAAUGGUAUCCAUUUACCUUUAUUAUGUAGUUUUUUAUGGCAUCAUGUUUUUAACUAUUUUUUGCUGUAUAAUUUGUUUUUCUUGCAUCAUUUUUAUUAUUGGGGUGGUAUAUUUUGUAAUGUUUUGCUUUUGGUUAUUCAAUUACAUGAGCGGGCAAAUCAAAACUCAACAUUUUUAUUCUAUUUUUAUUUUCAUGACUAUUUUUUCGUAAUGACAUUUUAUUUAAUGUGCAUUGUGGUAGAUUUUCUAAGACUUUGGUUACCUUAUUUAUUUUUAUUAUUAUUUUUUGUGUUAUCGUUUUCGUUUGUGUUAUUAUGGUAGAUUGUCAUAUUUUGAUUGCAUGAGGGGAGAGGCAGUCAAACCUUAGCAUUUUUAUUAUUUUUACCAUAAUACAAUAUACAUUUAGUUUCAUUGAUUCUUUUAAUGUACUUUAAUUGUUUUUUUUAUCAGUAGUAGUAGUAGUUUAAUUGAAUGUUCUGUUUUAAAUGUGAAAUUAGUGUACUGCACAGUUUAAAGCAAUUUUUAUAAUAAAUGAAUAUAAAGUAAUUUAUACUUAGAUUUAUUAUUAUUUAUAAUUCAUGAUUGGAAUUAACGUGCACCUACCUGUAGACAAUCUGGGGCUUGUGUUCUGAUGAAAGGUAAGAAUGGUUUUUUGACCCUCCCAGGAAGUAGUCCAUCUGGUCGUGCAUCUCUCGGUUCUGCACAAAGAUCACAUGUCAGUUCAGGUGAACGUGAGCCUGCUUCAAAAAGACAAUGGUUCCAUUUAGUGUUUCACAUCUCACAUGGAUAUUUGGCAGACGCGCGGACGUUUGUAUUUCUUAUUCACUCUCACGUCAUUGGAACACAUGAAGCUGUUUUUUGGACAGAAGAAGAAAAGGCGGCCUCACCUCAGCCUCCAGGAAGGCUACUUUCUCCUCCAGCUCUUUGAUCACACGAUCCCGCUCCUGGAUCACCAUGCGAGAGUUCUGGAGCUACACAGGGCAGAAAACAUGAGGGCAGACAUCAGCAAUUUGAACACUUAGGUCAGUGGUGUCCAAAGUACGGUCCAGGGGCCACUUGCAGCCCACAGCUUGUUUGUUUUUUUUUUAUUGGCCUGCGGCAUAUUCCAAAAAUACAAUUAGACUUUAAACCAGGGGUGUCCAAACUUUGUCCAGCGAGGGCCACAUAGUGAAAAAUGAAAGGAUAUUGAUAUUUCAUUAAGGAACAUGUGUAAAGACAAGAACGACUACUACAUCAAAGUUGCUACAAAACAGAGUCAGUCAUGUCUUGUUUGCAUAUUGUAUUCUGAACACUACUCCAUGAUAGCGACAAGGCUGCAAAGCAUUAUACGUCUUACAUAAACAUCUUUACACAGCGAUAUGUUUACUGUGGGGGGCGGCGGCAGUGGGUGCCACUGUGACAGCGACGAAAUAUGAAAUCAGGCUAUAACGACCCCCUUUAUGCUCAUUAAAAAGCCGAUUAAAAACAAUAAUUUGAAGGAUAAGCAACUCCAGAGUAAUUGACACUUAGCAUUCUGUGUUGUGAAGGCAGCCAUUCAUCAUCUCCAUGUCUUCAGGCUUAAGUCCAUGUUCUCUAUUUCAUCUCCACAUGUUUCCUCACUUCUUUUCUCCUCCGGAACUAUUGACACAUGGCUCAAAUCCCCGCUAUAAUCACUGUAAACAUCAUCUGUCUCGUACACCGCCAUGUUUGCGUAGCUGAGAGGUGUUACUCUGCCGAUGUCGCUUCUGGAAAUGAGGCUUUGCUGUGACAAUGAGUUUGUCGUGGCUGCCACCAAAUAUAAAUGUCAUUUUUGCAAAUUUACUGUUGGCUUUCAAAAAACCAACAAUGUAGAACAUAAUUAAAAACAAUAUAUAAUUAUAUAUUUUUUUAUAAUAAUAAUAUUUGUACUAUUUGAGAAAAGUUGAUACAGCAUGUCAGUGACCCUUUAAACAUACAGUCAUGGAAAAAAUGAUUCGACCACUUGUUUCUUCAGUUUAUUGGUCCAUUGUAAUCCUGGUACAACUACAGGUACAUUUGUUUGGACAAAUAUGAUGAUGAUAACAAAUAUAGCUCAUAAGAGUUGCUAGGUUGGUUGCUCAUAUCUACAGUAGCAACUUCCAUGGUUCUUACAUGAAUAGCUGUAGCAUUGUACUGCCAAAAAUGGAACUCUUAUGAGCUAAUGUUGUGAUCAUUGUUAUAUUCGUACAAACAAAGGUACCUUUAGUUGUAUCAGGCAUUAAAAUGAACAAGAAACCGAAUCAUUUUUUCCAUGACUGUAAUUUUAAACAUUUUUGAUUGUUCUGACCUUCCGUUUUUCUCUAUGAGGCCCUUGGUGGAAAAAAAAAAAGUUUGCACACUAACACCCACACUGACUUGAAAUGUUCUUUUCCAAUGUGAGAAGGUGUGUCUCACCUGUUCAAUCAUGUGCCUGACUUUCCUCUGCUGGCUUUUCAGCAUGUCGUCCAAAUGGUGGAUCUUCUCCUUGAGAAUGGCCACCUCCUUCUCCAACUGCUCUGCCCUGAAGACAAAUUUUUUAUGUUGCUUGAAGUAGCUUUUUCCACACCGAAGCGUGACAAAAUGUUUCUUUGCCUGUGCCUUUUAUACAGAACCAUGCAGGAAAUUGCCUUAACUGUGAGCCUGCAGUCAUUACAUGCACUGGAACUCACUUAAGUCAGCCCUGUUUAUGUCGACCACGGCCCAUGGUGUUCUUAGUAUUACUAAAACGUUCCAGCAUUGUGAAAUGCCCUUAUACACAGGUGACAUCCUACUUCUGUUACAGCUCUGAUACUACCUACAAAAGGUGGGAAAAUCGCCAAGCGACUUCAUCCCGCUAUUCUGUAUCUUGUGUUGUUGAUCCAGAACAGUGUAACAGGAAAAUGGUGUAAAAAAUGCUCUUACUGGGCAUCAACUGUAUAAGCAAGCUCCUAAUGGUUGUGGGCAGUAAAGUAUGACAGGAAAGUCUGAUUGGACGAUGACUGUCACCCUGUCGUCAUGGCAACAGAAUCAAUGUAAUGUCAUACUAGUUUGGACACUUUAAAUGUUCCAGUGACGCCAUACUCUUACUCCUGUGUGAGUGUUGUGGCAUACGUUAUAUGUAUGAUGUGCCCGCUGACCUUUGCUGUCCCUUCGGGCCCUCCUCUCGGAUGUGGCGUAGCUCACACAGUUCCUCUUCAUGAUGGCGAAUGGUCUCCCUCAAGGUGGCGCUCUCCUUCUCCAUGCCUCCCAGUAGCCUCUGGAGCUCCUCUAUGCGCUGGUCUUUCAUUUCAAUGGCUUCUUCAGUGCUCUUCAGCUUCUCCUCCUGGUCGCUGAGACGCUCCCUCAGCAUGCUGCCUUCAGCCUGGGGCAGGAGUUGAAGAGACUUCAGCUCAGGGUGUUAUGAACGUGGCAUAGUACGGCUCGGAACGGAACAAUUGUGUCUAAUAGGCUGAGACUGCCCAGUGGUUGCUUGAACAGGUGAUGGGCACAGUAAGGAAGGUGUGGCUUAACCAGAAACACAAGCCCAAGCAUAGUGGAAGAAGACAUGCUGACUGAAGUAGUGAAAUCACAAAUGAUUUUCAAACCGGAGCCACACGUUUUUUGUAUUCAAACCAACAAUAAAUUCUACCUUCUACAUAACCAGGCUGAAUGGGAAGAUGUCUCCACAUGUUUCACCAGCGCUGUAGUGGCAAAGUCAUACCGCCAACUACAGGCUUGGCAUGCACACUGCAGUCUCUUGCUACAUGGCGGUUCCACCAUCACUCCUUCACUCUAUCGUGGUUUUUCAAAAAUGUAUGAAUUAAUUCAUGAUGGUGACCGCUGAAUUGUGACUAUGGCCUAUUAUUGGUCGGAAAUAUUGGAAGUACAUGCAGUAUUCUGGUCACUAGUCAUCAGCAAUGUUACAUUGAUGAGAGGCAUGUCUGACCUGACAUAGUGGAAGUGUUCUCCCUCCCAGUCUGUGUGGAAGUGGUAAGUUUUUGGCUUCUUAUUUUGUCCUCCUUCCCCACUCCGUUUGACACACUUUAAGUUUAGAAUAAGUAAAUCGGAGCGGCUAACUGGUUAGCUCGGUAGCUUGCUGUGCAAGCGGCGGCCGUCUCUUAAGAACCCUGCAGUGAUCCCAUAGCCAGAGCAUCAGUGCCGCGCAACAUGGUGUAAAGAAAGAAUAAUAGGAGUGUAAAGGGGUGUAUAGGGGUGGUAUUUCAUGUCUACAGGGCUGUGAUCAUGUUAAAAAGCAUUUUUAGACAGUCAGAAAAAAAAUGUAUCGUCUAUGAAAAUAUUCAGUUUAUUAAUUAUGAAUCAGGGAAAUUCACCCAUUAACCAAUUAACCGCGACAAACGGGACGAUAGUACAGCAUUUUUAGCCCGUUCUGAUCUGCAUAUACUGGAAUCAUUUUGACAUUGUUGUAGUCAGAAAUUGCAACAAAAAAAAAAGAAAAAACUGGCCCAUAUUUACUCGGCUGGAGGACCUGGACAAGAAGACCUCAGCUUUCAUACAAGCUAAGGACCCUGGAAACCUCAAACCAUUUUGUAUGACUGCCAAACCAUUUAUUGGUCCGCUGUAUCGUGUAGGUAUGCUUGUUGUUUUUAGAUAUUUCCGGAAUGAAAUAGGUGAAUAAGUUGUGGCAACACGGUCGUACGUCAAGCUCGAGCCUCACCUGCAGCUUCUCUCUCUCCUCCUGGUGCUUCUUCUCAGCAUCUUGAAGCUGCGCGUACAAGCGCUUACUCACUUCUCUCAGCUUGGUCCUCUCCGCCUCCUCGCUUGCCUCCUGCCAGGCAAACCACAACAACAACAAACAUAAACACGCUUGGAAUGACGACGUGUGUGAAAUCCUGCCGCUCAGCCAGAGAAUGGAGUGGGAUCGGCCCUGGAGAAACCAGGCGUGUUGUUGUUGUUGUGCGUUACUGGAUGGUGACCAGUUUCCCUCCUAUUCUUCUAACAGAGUACGUGACUCACAGAAACGUUUUAAGAGAACAACGAGAACAACUAUUAGAGCAAAGAGCUGAACUUGCCGCUGUCGACUCCAUGUGGUGCCUGCGUAUACAGAUCCUUUCAACCCACAAGCAAACCAAGACCAGCUCACCUGUCCAUCACUUUUGUCUCCGCCUUUCUGGCUAGAGGAGGCUUGCUUCUUGAAUGGGGAGGUCACCUUCCACCCGUUUGUGUGCAUCUGGAUAGCAAGGGGAUAAGAGACUACGUGAAGAAACAGUGAAGCAGACACCGAUCAAUGCUUUAUCGCUGCAACUAUCCUGACUUUGUGGCUUAUUUCAAGUCAUGAGUUUCAGAGACGAUGUUUCCCACAGAGCAGACUGGGCGCAGCAUUAAUGAGCAGCAACACAGUACGUUUAACUUAGCAUGUGUUAUUCUUAGGGCUGUCAAAUGAUGAAAAUAUUUGAUCAGAUUAAUCACAGUUUUUAAAUAAAUUAAUCAUCAUUAAUCACCAUUAGCAACUAUGAAAUAUGCCCAUUUUGACUGUAUUUCAUGAACAGAAAGAUAAAUGACAGGACAGUGUUAUAUGUAUUUGUAUGUAUUAACAGUACCCCGCCUCUCACCCGAAGUCAGCUGGGAUAGGCUCCAGCAUACCCCCGCCACCCUAAUUAGGAUAAGCGGCAUAGAAGAUGGAUGGAUGGAUGGAUGGAUGGAUGGAUCCAAAUGAACUGAAUAUGUCAACCAAGCUAAAAGAUACCACAUAUUUUCUAACACUCGUCUCUUUUAAUAGUAGCACAACAUUUGAAUCACACUUUAAGCAAUGAGGGGUUGCGUUCAAACACAUCACGUAAUUUAAGGUAAAUGUACUUGUUUUCAGUGUAUUUUCCAGCAUACUUAAAUGUAGCAACGAAGUGAACGAAGUGAGUGGUAAGAAUAUCCACUUCAUGUUUUUCUGUAUCUUCCUGUUUAUUUACACGUGCAUUGUAAAGACGUUUUUGUGAUGCUCGGAGUGUCCCUGAAUGCAUGUCACGUUCUUGGAAUGAGAAUGAGGAAGUGUUGUACAGGCAUGAUGAACGGACUAGAGGCGUGUGUGAGUUGGAGAUCCAUGCAGUAUACGGUGUUGGGAUUGUACUGCUGUUGAUGCGUUCAGGUCACAAUGAUGUUAGAAAAUAGCGUCAGACUCUAAUGUGAAGGGACGCUCCAUCCACUGUGCUUGCGUCUGCCGUCAUGACAGAGAGGCGUGCUUGCUGUGGUGCGCAUGCGUUAAUUAAACAAACAAAUUUAUCAUAAUUAAUGACAUAAAUGAGUUAGCCGUUAGCACGUUAUUUUUGACAGCCCUCGUUAUUUUUGUCUUCUAUGACCGUGUAUCGUCAAAUUUGCAGCUACGACCGAUGUGGUAUCGGAUCGGCACUAGCAGCUACCGAUAGGACCUCCUUUUAUCAGGGGAAACCAAUCAAUCGUAAAGUCGGGAAGUACUCCGAAACCAAUAUGACAGACACGUUCAUUUUGUAAUUGACCACUCUGUAUUCAAUAGAAAAACAGCAAAACAUUGCCAUCUGGUGUGGCGUUACGUACCUUGCUUUUGGACGCCAUCUGCUCCCUCAGUGUCUUCAGGCAGUACCUCACCUGUGUGAAAUGCAAACACAUGCUGUUUGUUUUGCGUGUGUAAACAAGGAAGUAGCAUGACUUAACAUUUCAAAUAGAAAGUCUGCAAAAAUGUCACCCGGGAGGGUGAGCGAGAAAGGAUGUUGGAGAUUGACCUCUUGUAUCUGGGAAACUUCGUCGGACAGCAUCUUCAGGUUCUGACUCUGUUUUUGGUUUUCUUGUCUGCGAGCCUCCAAAUACACCUGAAAGAGAAAUAUAACGAGUCAUGCCAUAGCGUUCAUGUUGCCAUCUGAUUCAUUUAAAGUCCCCGCUUAUGCAAACAUGACUUUUUAAUGAUGUUCUAAGAGGAAUAUGUGUGCCUAGAGCCUGUUGAUGAGCACCAAACGUGAGAAAAAUCCAUCAUCUCCCGAAUUUGUUUGCUACACUUUUGACAGAAGAGGUGCUUUUCCAAGUGAUGACAUCCUUGCUCAUGGACCCAUGAUACCACCUCUGACCCGCCCCUAGCUAGAUGAGCCACACCGUGUAUGCUCCCGUCACUUCACAGAGGUCAGCUUUGGAAAAAAAAAAAAAAAAAGGCAGGCUUCGCUAUGCAUCUUAAAAUAAAGCUCUGCCAACUAUGCAUCCGUCAGCUGAAAGUUUGAUCAUUUAGUUUUUUCUUCGGUGAAUACACUAACCUAGCAUGAUGUUGCUGUUAAAGUGCGAGUGUAACGUUAGCACUGUAGCUCACAUAGCUUUGCUAGUGUUGCUAACGUCGGAGUCCUCCAAACUACCCUUUUUUUCCCCAACCAAUAAAUAUAAGAAGACCACAGCUGGCUAGCUUAGCACUAACUACCGUUAGUGGUUUAAACAAUCAGACUGAACAAAUAAAUGUGUAUUUUUGUCACAAUUCAAAGUUAAACCCUGUAAACAUUUGCUGCAUAAGCAAGGCCUCUCGCAGCGCGUCAUUGCUGCUGAGGUUGGACGCAGUAAGACAGUCAUUUGCAACUUCUUCAAACAUCUGUAGGGUUAUGGAACAAAAAAGUCAAGUGGUAGACCCAAAAAAAUGAGCCAUAGAGAAUCCCUGAUUGGCUGUCCAUCAGGAAACAGGACCAUCCUUGGCCCAAAUGAAGGUGGUUACUGGUGCCGAGUACCGUCCAAUAACCAUAAGACGGCAUCUUCGAGAGAAGGGUGUUAAGAACAAAAAACGUCUUCAAAGUCCUUGUCUCCUUCAACUCCACAAAAUUGCCUGUUUGAAAUGUGCAUGAGAGCACCAAACAGUCAAAGGUGGAAGAAAGUUUUAUUCUCUGAUGAGAAAAAAAUAUAACCUUGACGGUCCAGAUGGCUUCCAACGUUACUGGCAUGACAAGGAGAUCCCACCUGAGAUGUUUUCUACCCGGCACAGUGGAGGGGGCGCCAUCAUGAUCCUUCAGUGGAACAAUAGAGCUUCAAGUUGUGCAGGGGCGUCAAACGGCAGAUGGCUACGUGGAGAUGUUGGAGCGGGCAUCCGUCAUGAUCGAGGGCCCUCGUCUGUGUGGUCAUGACUGGCAUUUUCAACAGGACAACGCUGCACUUUACACUUUACAACUUUACAAAGGACUUCUUUGAAGAAGCUCAAUCUUUUGGACCAUCCUGCAUGUUCCCCUGAUCUCAGUCCAAUCCAGAACAUUUGGGGAUGGACGGCAAAGGAAGUUUACAAAAAUGGACAUCAGUUCCAGACAGUUGGAGCCCACCUGGAGCAACAUUCCCACUAGCCUCCUGGAAACACUGGCAUCAAGCAUGCACAAACCUAUUUUUCAUGUGUUUAACAAGAAUGGCACCGCUACUCAUUACUGAGUCCUUCUUUUAACAUGUUAUUUCUAUUUAGGGGGGUUUCUGGGUCUUUGAGCUACAGUGUCAGACUAUUGGUCAGCUGAUGAAGGCUGCGGUGUCGGAGCAGGAAGUGGACACCUCCACUACAGUACAGUACACGUGGUGGCACCUCGGAGACUAAUUGAAAUUGCUGAAACAUGCUAGUGCAUGAGACCUUUGUUGUUUUUACUGCUGUUUGAUAGUUAAUGAGCAGAAAUACACAAAAAGUACACAAGCAAUUUGCAUGAAACUUUGCACUGAGGUGGCAAAGGCUUCAAGAAAGAAUCCAGUACAUUUUGGCACAAAUCUGAUUCCAAUUGUAAAUACAGGAAGUGAUUAUGUGUUACACUUCUGUGCUCAAACAGCACAGUAUUGAAGAGAGCGUAGGCCCAGAUAUGUGAUAACGCCACGCUCACCUUGAUGACCUCCACCUGCUCCUCUUUAGCUUUGAUGGGCUCAGGGGUCACAAGCGUGCCGUCGUUGGCGGGCUGCACCAGUGCAAACGCACGUCCAACCGGCUGGAGAAGACAAGGUUAGGAAUUUAGAACAUGGUGUGAUCAUGAUGGGUGUUUCCAAAUAUUGCCAGAUGUCAAUGAAACAUGGAUGAGCUCACACGGGAGGAGCUGCAGCAUGUUUGGGAUCGAUAUUGCACAACCGCACCCGCAAGAUACAAACUAUCAUCAUCAUUAUCGGUCUGACCGGAAAUCCCUGCACUUCCUCAUAUUCCCCGUGGAAACGCCACAUGAAGCAGGCAGGGAGGGAGGGAGGGAGGAAGGGACACACACACACACACACACACACACGAGGCGGGAAGAGGUUAUGCAACUUUGGCCCUCAUUUGGAUACAACUUUCUCAUGAAGUCCUGAGUGUUAAACAUGCGGGAACCACCCUGAUGGAAAGCAGAUGUGACAAGCCGUCUUUUCCACCAGGGAAAUACAAGUACAUACCAAUGCCAACUUACGUACGUACUUAUGUACUGUAUUAUUACCCGAGUGUAGACCAUUUGUCAAUAGGUAAAGUACAAUUUAGAGUUUUUUAAGCUAAAAGGAGGUUACAUUUUAUACAAGAGAACAAAAUGUACAGUGCAAAAUUGAAUCAUUAAUGCCUAGGAUUAAGAUGGAACAGUAAGUAAUGGUACAAAAAUCUAAUUAAAAAAUAAACAUGGUAUAAUAAGGUCAAUUAAUGUAUCAUAAUACAUGAUAGAAAAAAUAAUGAAAUGAAUUCAAUAACCUAUGCUGUCGACAUGUCAUUCAUAUCAUUUAAAUUAACCAAAUUCAAGUUAAACACAUCCACCUAGGGUGGAUACAUGACAGCACCAAGCCAAAUAAAAACAGCCGCUAAAACUGACAAGUUAAAAUACAUUAGCACCUCGGCUGGCGUACGCCCCUGUUAGCGUGCUUUUCGGCGUUCGUCUUGUCGUGUUUAUACACUGCGUGAGUGCAACUGUGUUCCUAGCACAAAACAUCCUUGUUAGCAACUUGCUAAUACAUGGAAACAGGAGGCGGAAGUAUGCGCUGUUGUCUAUGAUGUCAUCUGCAGUUGACUGUAGUUCUUUGCUAACUAACACGGUUAGUCUCCAAAAAGGUUAACGCAAAACACAUUUUUUAUAGUUUUUCAUGCAUAAAACAAUUCUAAAUGCAUGUAAAUGACGAAGGAAAAGGGAGAAAUGAACUUUUAAGGUUACUUUUGCCUCCAUUGAAGACGUGAUUGUUGCCAAAGACACGAUGUGGCAGCACGACAUCACACGGACACCACCUUCCAGUUUUGCCAUCAGUUAUUUAUUGAAUUCAAUAGUGUUCCUCACCUUCUUUAUCAAAAUGCUGGCACUUACAACUCUCUUUGGCUCCAUUUUGGGUUACUUUGCAGCCAGGAUCACAAGAAAAGCAGAGACUUUAGGCGGGAAUUAGUCUGAAUUCAAGAAAUAACUCAUGGCAAAACCGAAAGGUGGUGUCCAGGUUGAUCUCCCUGCCACAUCGUGUCUUUGGCAACAAUCACGUCUUCAAUGAAGGAAAAAAUUGAUUUGGUUAACGUCUGACUAAGUUAAACUGCAGUACAUUAACGCAUGAAAUGAAAUUGAAUCCUUUUUGGAAGAAUACAGACUGAUCAAGAAGCAAAGCUGACAUGAAAAAUGGUAGGCAGGGAAACCAACACAACACCCGAUAAUCCAGUGUCCACUGGUGGUUUGUCCAGUGAGGAGAUAAACCCCAACAUUCUUACCUUAUCUCUGUGCUGCUGGUGCUGUGAUGUCGGAGCUGCUUGCUUCUGCUCGUGUAGUGUGAGCCUCAGUCGCCUGCACCCCUCCUGGCAAAAACAAACACAACCAUAUGGAAAGGCGGGCUUGAGGAGAAACGCCGAAGAGACCGUUAUGGGAUGGAUUUCCAAAAGUAGAGGACAGACUGAGUCAUUAAAUGGAGACGGAGGGGAGGGGAGGGGAAAAGGGGGUGGAGGAACGUCAGAAGUGGAAGUAAAAGUUUUGGAAGGCUGCACAGACGCUCGUUGUUUACAUGAAAUGAAGUGUUACGCACGUCAUAGGGAUGGAGGCGGAAAACCCGGCAUUUGCCGUGGCAACGAAGCAGCAGAGCGGCCAUAAACAAUCUGGCAACACCAUGAAAGGGGGAGGGGCUUAAGUUAGGUUGCACAUUUGCAACAAACAUUAUAUUUAAUUAUAUUUGUCUUUCGUUUCUCUGGACAGAAGUCACUGGAACAGGAAACCUCUGCCAGGAAGUGAAAGGGUGUGUCUUCCCCAGAGCAGGGAACCCCCCCGUAAAUGAUGCCCUUUGUGUGUGUGUGUGUGUGUGUGUGUGUGUGUGCGCGUGUGUGUGUGUGUGUGUGUGUUCACGCUGUGGAUGUGAGGGAGGAGGUCAGCGACAUUACAUAACACAUUCCGAACAACAAGAUUCCAUGCCAAAUGUCAAACACGAGGGGGUGGGCGGAUCCAUCCAAAUAUCAAUAGGAUCCAUACCAAGGCUAGCGCCAAUAUUGGAUUGAUACAAGUGUGAUGAGAUUGAUAUUUUUCAGAUUUUUGCUAUGAUUAUUGUCAUAAAUAUGUGUUUUUGGUUGUGCUGUUGAUAUUGUUACAUGGUUGAUAUUGUUAUAUUGUUUACAUAGCUCAGGUACACCUGGUACACAUGUACUCAGAUUGAUACCAAAAUGUGCAGUAUCACCCACACCCUGAUGAGACUCUCACACACACACACACACACACACACACACACACACACACACACAACAGGCUCUCCAGUGCAUAAAUAGUGCAAACAAUCAGUUACAUAACUGUGUUGAUAUCAAAUCAAUUGGUGACAUAUUGAAUCGGCCUCAUCUGUUAAUAUGUAAUGGGUUGCGUCAGGGAGGGCGUCCGGCGUACAAACCAAGCCAGAACCGUUCAUGCGAUUGAUCCGCUGUGGCAACCGCUGACGGGGGACAGUGGAAAAAGUGGGAAAAAAAAAAAAAAACGUGAUGAUGUUGACGGGUGUGUUAUGAGACAUGAUGGCGUUCCUCCUGUUCACUAUAUGAUGUUAACAACAUGCAACCUGUUUAUUGCAUGUUAGCACGCAACAUGCCAAGAGCAUUGCUUGGCCGCUUGACGAAACUAUUUUUAUUGGAGGCGUUUAAAUUCCUUUUUUUUCCUCAGCUUCACGUCAACGUGCUGAAGGAAAAAUGGCCUUAAAGCAACAGUAUGUAAGGAUUUGGCCUUAAAUGGUCUGUGCUGUGAAGAGAAUAGCACCUCUGCCUACUUGAUCCAAAAACUAAUAGUCCUACUUUCUACUCCAGCAGGUACAAAACAAUUCAGCUGUCAAACGAUACGGAAAGUUACUGAUAUUUUCAUGGAAAAUAAACUGCAAAAGUAGAAAAUGAGUCCAGAACCCCAAAAACUAAGAAGUGUUCAGACACGUCUUGGUCAGAAUGUUGAAUAUUCAUCACCUUUUCUGGAAUUAAAAAUAAUAAUAAUAUUUAUUUUAAGUAUCUCAGUCAUGUUAACCCAAAAAGGAAAAUGGUAAUCACAACCAUAGAACCUGCCUGGUUAUUGAUUGUCUUUUAAAGUUUUACCAUUAGCAUUAUGACUUUCUAAAUACCAUUUUUAACAUUAUUAGAGCCCUGUAAUACCCAUAUUGUCACCUUUACACUCCUUUUAGUCUUUACAACACAUUACUCAACUCUGCAGGGAUUCGAGACGGCCACUAACUAGCAAGCUAGCGAGUCAGCGAGCUAACAAGCUUGCAAGCUGGUGAGCUAACCAGUUAGCCUCAGAUUUAUUUUUUGUCAGCUUAAGAAGCCAAAAACGUACCACUUCCACACAGAAUGGGAGGAGAACAUUAUAGUCUACCAUGAAAGAGUGAGCAUUUAUGAAUUAAUUAAUUGAAAAACCACGAUAUGGAGAGGGACCACUUGUACUACUUUAAAAUACACGGAAAAAUCACCAAUUAAAAAAAGGGUUAAUGUUAGUAAUAUUUUUGUGUAUAUUUUAAAGUACAUUAUCUUUUCAACAUUUACUGUUUUGUUUUAACUUGCUAAAUAUAAUUGGCUGGAACUGCUUGGCAAGAAAAUGGUCGCUUUCCAGGAAAAAGAAUAUCUCCAUUUUUUUAAAUCCCAAACACGAAGAAAUUCUUUAGAAAGAAAGAACGAAAAAAAACGCAUGGCUGUACGACUACAUCGUGGUCGGUGAGCGUGCAGCUGGUGCAAUCAGCAGCGUGCACUUGGACACGAGCGAGGAAGUGGACCAGCAAGGAAUCUUUGUACCAUUUGGUCCUCUCACUAAAGGUCAGCCAGGAGGCUACUUCCUGGUUCAUAGACAAAACAGGACUCCACCUUUUGCAUUCUGGGGCAGUGGGUGGGAGGCGAAAAGACCUGCAUUUUUAUCCAUACUUGCACCAAAAUGUUAUGUUUUGCCCAAAGUUGCACGAAGUUUCAUGGAAAUCAUUGCGCUGUUUUUUGAGUAAACCUCACUUCUUGGCCUUGCAAGGCAUCACCACAGGCAAGAACUAUGCAGGUGCAGAUGAAAUAACAAAAUGUGUGUGUGUGUGUGUGUGUGUGUGUGUGUGUGUGUGUGUGUGGAGGGCCUUCUAUGAAAAACACAAGUCCAAAAAAAAAAAUAAAAAUCAGGCUUUUGUUGGACAUGCCCUCCUCACAUUACACCCGUGACGGAGGCGUUGUUCGGUAGCAACGCUACACGCAGCGCGGAGCAGCCAGCGGCAUCAGACAUAAAGUGUAACACUACCCACGCACAAAAAGCGCACCAUGACGUCACGCACGGAAAAAAACACAACGCGUAAACACACAAGGUAAGCCUGUGUAAACACACAGAGCAGAAAUGUGAGCUGGUGCACACAAACAAAGGAACAAAAGCUGGUGAGCUCCAGGCUGGCUGAAGGCCUUUCAAAGCUGCGGAGACACUCUGUGCCCCUUUUUUGGCACCAGGAGGACGUCUGGAAAUCAUCUGAUGGAGGAAAGAAGAGAAGCCUGGAAGCACCUGCUGCAUUCCAUGGAGUCUUACACUGCUUCCGUUGUGUGCGUGCACUAAAUCACGACAAGACCUCCUCUCUUCUUCUCACACUCCCUGCCGCACACUCCCAACUACGUUUUGAUACUCGCAUCACCACCAAGGAACACUGUUACUGCUUUAUGCAACAUCUUGACAAACAACGCAACCAUUCUCUCAAAUAGAGGAUCUUUGACGAGCACUUUUACGGUAGCUCCUUAAAACAGCAGCGUAAUCCUGUCAUGUCCAAAGAUCUUUGACAAGCUUUUUGAAGUUCAACCCUAAAACAGCAAGCCGUCCGGUCAUAUAGAGGAUCUUUGACCGGUGGUCUUUUUGCUGUAGAUCCUUAAAAAAACAGCAAAAAACUAGUCGAAAAACAGCACGUUACGUUGGAUCGCUGACUAGUAUUUUUGCAGUGGAUUCCUAAAAACAGCCGUGCCCAUGUGAUAUAAAGGAUCUUUGACUAGUAUUUUUGCAGUAGGUCCUAAAGAACAGCAGAUUGCUCCUGGCACAGAGAGGAUCUUUGACGAGUGUUUCUGAAGCAGAUCCUUAAAAACGUCAUCGCACUUCUGUCAGCUCUUUGACUUGUGUUUUUGAAGUAGAUCCUUAAAAAUAGCAGAGGAUGUCCGUUAUAUAGAGGAUCUUUGGCUUGUUUUUGCAAUAAAUCCUGAAAAAAAGCAGAACACUUGUGUUAUAUAGAGGAUCUAUGACUAGUGUUUUUCAAGCCGAUCCUUAAAAACGUCAUAGCACUCCUGUCAGACUUUGAUUUGUGUUUUUGAAGUAGAUGCUUAAAAAUAGCAGAGCACCUCUGUUAUAUAGAGGAUCUUUGACGCGUUUUUGCAAUAAAUCGUUAAAAAUAACAGCACUUCCGUUAUAUAGAGGAUCUUUGACUGGUGUUCUUGAAGUGCAUCCUUAAGAACAGCAGAGCUCUCCUGUGAUAUAGAGGAUCUUUGAGUGGCAUUUUUUGCAGUCGGUCUUAAUAAAGCAGAGUGCUCCUCUCUUAUAUAAGAUCUUUGACGACUGUUUCUGAAGCAGAUCCUUUAAAACGUCAUAGCACUCCUGUCGUAUAGAGGAUCUUUGACUAGCAUUUUUGCGAUAUGUCUAAAAACAGCAGAGCGUUCUGUCAUAUUGUCAAAAAAAUGUCUGUCUGACAUCGUCAAAGGUUGAGUAUUUUUACUUGAUUUUAGUUUGAUUUAGUCUUACGCUGUUUCUUCCCUACAGGGAGUUUUUCCUUGCCCCCUGUGGGGUCCAGCUGGUUUCUCUUAAACAUAUAAGCAGUGUGCUUGUAGACCCGCUACGCCAACGACAAUCUGCACGUCUUUCACCUGUCAGCGAAGUUAGCGUUUUGAAGUUUGCCUGCUACCAUCAUGAAGAAGCCUGUGGAGGCUAAAUGGGGUCCGUUGUAUGAAUAAAAACAAAUGCUGGCGUUACAGCAUGUGUUCAUCACCACACGUCACCUGACACAAUGUUUGGAUCACUGGAUCUUUUUCAGCUUCAUGUUUUAAAAAGCAACGCCACGCCACACCAAGGUCCUAAUACUGACGGCGGAAACUUCUAAACGUCUUGGGGAAGGACUUUACAGUAUAUGCGAUUUUUGGGCGGGGUCUGGAUUGGCUGGUGCAGGUGUCCCUAAUGAAGUGAGGUUUGAAUGUCAGACAAGUUGAGGCGUGGGAGGUUAUUUAACAAUUAACAGUUUGGUGUUUUCCCACCCAAAUUUGCAGCCCGCAGCUGUUUUUUUACUGGCCCGCGGCGUAUUCUAAAAAUAUAAUUUAACAAGAAAACUGGGGGGGAAAAAAGGAUAAAUCAGCAGUAAUUUGACAAGAAGAAAGUCUUAAGAGAAAAAAGUUGAAAUCGAACGAGAAAAACUUUAAGGGGGGAAAUUUUAGUAGCAUAAAGUUGAAAUACAGUAGUACCUCGCAUAACGUAAACCUUCUUUUACGUAAAUUCCACUGAACGUAAAGAAUUUAUGUAAGGUUUUUGCUUCGUAUUACGGAAGGAAUUCCAUAUAACGUAAAGCGUCAAGUCGGUGCAAGUUCAGAAAUUCGAUUUGUUUAGCGCUUGGUGACGCCUUCUGACGCUUCACGCUCUCAUUGGCUGAUUAUCGGGGCACCGCCUACGAUCUCAUCUCAUUGGCUGACUUAUCCAGCGCGUCCGUGUGUUUGUGUGAGACAUGCCCUUAAACUAGUUUGCACGCAUUGAAAUCUCUUCUUAAUUUGUUUACUUUUCUUUGUGUUAAAAUUAGUCAUGGGCCCUAAACCAAGUGUAAGUGAGAAGAAAAAAAGGGAAAAGUUGUCGAUCGAAACCAAGCAGGAAAUUAUACUCCUGCCUCCACUUGCGCUCCUGAUCAAGACAUCUCGUGAACGGUAGGAUUGUUUUUGUUUUUCAGUUUUAUUCAUUUACAGUAUUCUUAUCUAUUACCUUAUUUUAUAUUGGAAUGUUACUCUACUAUGUUUAUGCUAACGUUUUCUUAUAUUUUCACACCAUAUUUGGUGGACUUUGAAUAUUUUGAAGGGCCAAAGGUGUGAGUUUGGGAAGAUCUUGGAACAGAUUAGGCUAUUUACAUGUAUUUUACGCUUCGUAUAACAUAAAAUCCCUAUAACAUAAAGGUUCUCGGAACAGAUUAUUUACGUUGUAGGGGCGUCUACUGUAUUACAGAAAAAUGACAUUAUUUACAUAUUAUGAGAAACAAAACAACUGGUAAAGUUGGCAAUUUUUUUGGACAAUUAGGUUGCAGAAAAAGUUCUAACGUGAUGAGAAUAAAGUCUAAAUAUUAUGGGAAUAAAGUCAUAAUAUUACAAGCAGAAAAUGUACAAGAAGAAAGUUUAAAUAGUUGGAUAAUUUAAAAAAACAACAGAAAAGGAAAAAACUGCUGUCAUUUUACGAGACUAAAGUCAAAAUAUUAAAAAAGAAAAGUCGUAUUCCAACGAGAAAAAAAAAAUCACAAUUUUCCGAGAAUAAAUUCAUUAUGGGGAAAUAGAGGUGAAAUAUUGAAGAAAAAAUGUUAUUUUUUUAAAGGGGGGGCGGGUUAUAAUAGUAUGGUAAUAAAGUCCAAAUAUUUGAAAAGAAAAUUUACAAAGAUAAUUUAAGAAAUGAUUGAAAUAGUUACAAAACAAAACAACAGCAGAAAUGUGAAAAAACAGCUGUCAUUAUAUGAGAAUAACCUCAUCAUAUUAUGAGGAACAAUAAUGUCAUUUUAGUAGCGCAGAGUUGAAACAUUAAAUAAAAAUUAGCUUUUUUUUUGUUGUAACAUUAUGAGGAAACAAAAAAGUUGGGAGAAAAGUUAUAAUAUUAUGGGAAUGAAGUCAAAAUAUUACAAAAAGACAAUUAGAAAUAUUUGGGGGGAAAAACCAAAGAGCGAAGUUGAUACAAGAUGCUUUUCCACCUACGGUACCUUUGUCGUAACAAAGAUGACAUGCACUUUUUUCUUGAAACAUGUUUUACUUCUUAGCAUAUCGAACAAAAUUGCAUCCUUUCAUUUUUCAAGAUGUGACCCUCGCUGGGAAAAGGUUUGGACACCCGAGCUGUAGCGUGUGAGAAGUGCCGUAGGAAACGUUUCCAUGUCGCACAUCAUGUCUCAUUAUAUGGCCUUUGCACGCCACCUGACCUUUAUUGGCUGUGGCACAGAUGCACGCGGUGUUGGCAAUCAGGGUUUGUUUUCUAGGUUCCAACCGCUUACGACGUGCUCAGGUGAAAGUGUCGCAGUGCAGCUCUACAAGUCAAUUAUUAAACCAAGAGGAGAUACGAAGCGUCUGCGUGAACGACGCUACCCUGGCGCUCAUCUCCUAUAGCAUGCACUGUGUGUUCAAUCUUAUUAAAAGGGCUCCAUGUGCACAGGUGCUACCCAUCCAAAUCCACCCCGCCCCCCAGGCUGUUUGCCCUCAUGAUUAACUCAGUCAAGUCACAGGGCCUCCAGGGCAGGCUGAAACUUUAACAAAUGUUUGCCACCUGCAAAAAUCAUACCAGCACCUCAUGUGAUGUCAUGGCAACCCACCCAUUUGAGGAAGCAUUUCAAUGUGACACACAUACAUGCUAUGGGACCUUGAUGAAAUCCUAUCAUGAAUGAAUGAUUAAAAUGUUGCCCUCCUUUUAGCUUUAAAAAUCAAAAUGAACGCAGCAACUCACAAUCUGGUUUCAUGAGAUUUACAGUCACAGGUGGAAGCAUCUCAACAUCGCAUUGCACCGGAGUCUCCCUGUUACUGUCAUAACGUGGUAAAAGUGGUUUGACCCACGGAAACCUCGUUAUAUUUCUAGGACAUAUUUAGCACUUUGUUGUAUACCGUACGUAGGAGAUGUUUUUAUUUCAUGUGAAAAAUAUGUUAGUUUUUAUUUUAUGGGAAUAUUAUUAGAAAAAUUCCCUUUUAUUUAGAAAAAUAAAAUAAAACGUUUUUUAAAAAUUAAUUAUAGGUUGAUUAGUCAUAAACUAUUGCCAUUUUUAACAAAACUUUAUGUAUUUUUACAUUAGUAGCCUAUUAUAAUUGUUUGAUAUUCCCUUUUGUUUGAAUUUAACACUUUUAACUAUAUAUGUAUAUAAAACCAAAAUUCAAAAGAACAAUAUUUAAAUAAUUCCCUUUAUCAAUUAUAUAAUCAUAACAAAAUAUAUAUUUCAAAAUUAAAAAAAAGCAAAUAAAUAAAUAAAGUCUCUGACCUUGUCAUGUUCUUGUUUUCUGAUGUCCUCCACCGUGUACAGCCUUGUGGUUCCACCAUUCGUCAUCAUCGUGGCACACGUGUACUACUAAUAAACAGACCAGUAAGAAUACAUUAAAGAAUGUAGGAAUAGUAGAAGUCGUCCGGUGUAGCAGCACGUCCCGGUGGCGGCGGUGUGUUUGUGUCUGUGCAGGUCUGAACACUUCACACCGGCUGUUUGGUUUUUGGUUUUUUUAAACACCAGUCGCGCCUCCUUGCUGAGUUUCUGUCUACGUCAAAGCGGGAAGGACACGCCCACUGACGUGCAGACACGCCCACCGAAGUCGAGGUGACCAAAUAUGGAGGCGAGGAGGCUGGAAGUGGAGAAGCCGUGGCGGGACAACUGGCCCAUUGUGGCUUCUUGUAAAAGGGCCACAUUAGGACAUCGUGGUCUCAGCUGAAUGACACCGAUGAACUCGAUUUUACACUUUUUAUAGGUGAACCCGGAUAAUAUUGGUUUUAUUUUUGAUCAUUUGUUUUUUAUUGGUAUGUUCUAGAAUUAUGUUUUAUUAUAUUACUUUGCCUUUAUGUGUGUAUUACAGCUAAAGAUGUUUUAUUAUUAUUACCAUUACUAAUACUAGCAACACAACAGAUUUUAAUCAUGUCAAUUCAUUAUUUUUUUUAUUAUUAUUAAAAACAAUUAAUUUAAGAUUUUAAUCAUGUCAAUUAAUAUUUUUUUUCAUUAUUUUUUAUUAUUAAAAACAAUUUAAGAUUUUAAUCAUGUCAAUUCAUAAUUUGUUCAUUAUUUUAUUAUUAAAAACAAUUUAAGAUUUUAAUCAUGUCAAUUCAUAAUUUGUUUUAUUAUUAAAAUAAUUUAUCACGUUCAAAAAUAUAUACUAUGGGGUUUUUUUUACCUUUUUGUGUAUUGUAUCUAGAUGGGUAGGUGGUGAAAUUAGAUGAUAAAUAAUGUGUUUUAAAGUUUUUAUAGAUGUUUUAUUUGACUACCAAUAACAUUUUUAUUGUUAUAUAAAUCAACCAUUAUUUGAUUGUUUUUAAAUGUUUAUUUUGUAGAGUUUUGUAGAUUCUUAGUAUAGA